CUUGCAACAGUUGCAACAGUUGUUUAUCUUGUCGGAUAGGUUACGUUCAGUUAUGUUUACAUGCUCCCAUCAAAGUCUCAUCUCAUGUAACUUCAAGAAAUCGAAAAUAGUGCAGUUGAUACGGUGACAUCGGUUAGAUGCAUUAAACAAAACUUUACCAUGAGCAACAGCAACAUCGAUAAAGGAAUAAUUACUUACAUUUAUCUAGAAAAUUUUGUAACGUACAGUAAAGUCAUUGUAAAACCUGGCAGAAAUUUAAAUGUAAUUAUCGGACCCAAUGGCACAGGAAAAUCAACAAUUGUUUGCGCGAUUGUUCUUGGAUUGGGUGGCAAACCUACUACCAUUGGACGUUCAUCUCAAGUUGGGGACUAUGUAAAAGCAGGUUGCAAUGAAGCAAAAAUUGAAAUCCAUCUUAAGAAUGACAAAAACAGAAAUGUUGUUAUCUGUAGAACGUUUAAUACACAGGGAAAAUCAUCUUGGUUGCUUGAUAAAAAUCAAUCAAACAUUAAAGAGAUACAAGAUUUAACAAGAAAUUUUGAUAUUCAGAUAGAUAAUCUUUGUCAGUUUCUUCCUCAAGACAAAGUGCAAGAGUUUUCAAAAAUGAAUUCGCAAGAGUUGUUAGAAAACACAGAAAGAUCGGUUGGUGAUCCAAUAAUUCUCGAACAUCAUAAACAGUUAAUACAGUACAGAUCAGAUCAUAAAGAUACAGAAGUACAGAUAGCAAGUAAACAAAAAUUAUUGACAUUGAAAACUCAGAUAUAUGAAGGCUUGAAAGAAACUGUUAGUAGUAUAAAGGAAAGAAAAUUAAUAAAAAGGAAAAUUGUUACUUUGAAACAGAAAAAGGCAUGGAUACUGUAUGAUCAGAAGCGUAAAGAGUUACAUGAGCUACAAGGUAGAAAGAAAAAGGCAGUAGCAGAAAUGGCAUCUUUAGAAGCAGAAAUGCAACCUACUAAUGAUUUAAUAAAUAAAACCAAAUCAGAAAUUGAAGUACUUCAGAAUUCUGUAGCAGAUCAUAAAAAUAAAGUUAGUAUGAAAACUAUAAAACUCAAAAGGAUGAUGGACGAUAUUUUGGACUGUGAAAAUAAUAUCAAAGAGUGUGAAAAUACGUGCAAACAGAGAAUACAAACUGAAGAAGCCAGAGACCAUGAUAUUAAUGUAGCAGAACAACAAAAAAACAAACUAGACAAUGAUUUAUCUGCCAUUUUGAAAGAUAUUGAAUGUGAGGAAGCUUUAAAAAGGAAGCAGGACCUAUUCACCAAGAUAGAAGAGCAAAGGAGUAUGAUUGCUAUGUUAACAAAUAAAAAUGCAGCGCUCAAACAAGAAGAGGAUCGCAUAAAUCUAGAGAUCAGAGCUCAAGAAACUGAACGGCAAGUUCUUAAUAUCGAAGCUAAGCGAUUACAACUUCUAAGAGAAAAAAGUAUGGAUACAUAUAGAGCAGUAGAAUGGUUAAGAGAGAACCAUGAUAAAUUCUCUGGAAUAGUGCAUGAACCAAUACUACUUAACAUAAAUGUAAAAGAUGUUCAAUACGCGAAAUAUUUGGAAAAUAUUAUCCCAUUUCGAGAAUUAAUUGCAUUUGUUUGUGAAAAUAAACAAGACAUGAACAUGUUAUUACACCAUUUGAGAGAUGUGCAGAAAUUACAAGUAAAUGUUAUACACUCUGAUCCUACAAGAGUGGUUUCCAUGGUACCAACAGUUCCUUUAGAAAAUAUUAAAUGCUUUGGUUUUACUCAUUAUUUAGUAUCACUAAUCGAAGCACCAACCACUAUUAUGAAGUAUUUAGUAAACUUCUAUAAUUUACAUAAUAUACCUGUAGGAACAAGUCUUGUUGAUGAGAAUAUAGAUCACAUACCUUCUAAUAUAAAUAGAUAUUUUAGCAAAACAAAGUCUUAUUCGCUCAGUAAGUCUAAAUAUACGGGACAAAAAUCAAUUGGAAUACACGUAGUAUCAAGUACAGGAAUGUUAUCUAUUGUGUUAGAUAAAUCUAAAUUAUUAAAGAUUGAAGAAAAGUUAAAAUCAUUACGAGAAAGAAAAAAUAGCGUUUUCAAAAAAAUAGAGCAAAUCGAGAAACAGAUAUGUGAACAAAACAAGGAAUUAGAUAGAUAUAGGGCUAGUAGAAGUGAAAUUCAUAAGAAUCUUCAACAAAUAGAAGCUCUAAAAUCUAGAAUAUCUAUGAUUGAGAAAAAAAUUGAAAAUUUACAAAAGGAACGAACCAGUAUUGAUAAAAUAAGAGAAUCCAGUACUAAUGAUAUAAAGGUGAUUUUGAAUAAACAAUUGAACGUUUAUGAAACGUAUAAUAAUGAAUUAGAAGCAUGUUUUAAGUAUAUUAUAGACAAUGAACAAAUUCAAUUGGCAUUAAAACUGCAAAAUCGAUUUUUGAGAAUGAAAGUAAACAAAUCUCAAGAUUUAAGAGAAAAACUUAAAGAAGCAGAAAACAGAGUAAGACAACUUACAUCAGAAAUAAAUCCUAUGUUACACGAAGUGCAAAGAAUGUACAACGAAGCAUUAGAAAUUACUAAUGGUAUUGGACCAUCCGACAAAAAAUUUACGGCAAUAAACAAAGCUUUUUCUAAAUUACCACCUACUGUUGAGGAAAUUAAUAACGAAUUGCACACUGCUCAAGCAAAAGUUUUUUGUAUGGGUAAUAAUGUUGAUGGCGAAAGUACGUUGCACGAAUAUGAGAAAGUAGAAACAGAAAUUUGUGAAUUGAAGGAAUUUAUUCAGAAAAAGACAGGCGAGAUAGAAACAUUAACACAACGGGUCCAAACAUUACGAGAAAAAUGGUUACAACCAUUGUCGAUAAUUGUAGAAAAAAUAAAUUCAAACUUUAGCUCAUAUUUUUCAGCAAUGGGUUGUGCAGGCGAAGUUAUACUAGUACAACCAGAAAAUAUCAUGGACUUUGAUAAAUAUGGCCUAAAAAUCAUGGUGAAAUUUAGAGAUACCGAUCAGUUACAGGAGCUAACAAGAAAUCACCAAAGCGGUGGAGAAAGAGCUGUAACCACUGCAAUUUAUAUGAUUUCACUUCAAGAACUCUCAAGAGUACCUUUUCGAUGCGUAGAUGAAAUUAAUCAAGGAAUGGAUGCUGCGAAUGAAAGACGGGUAUUUAAUUUACUUGUACAAAUGACUGGAAGACCAAACAGUUCUCAAUAUUUCUUACUCACACCCAAACUACUACCCAACCUAAAAUACUCGGAAACUGUAACAGUGCAUUGUGUGUUUAAUGGUCCAUUUAUGAUUAGUCACACAGAAUUUGAUAUGAAAGAGUAUUGCAAGCAUGUGUCAAAAACAAUGGAGAAAGAAAACGAAGACGACGAUUAACCAUUAAAGAUGUUUAUUAUGUCUAAGUACAGUACAAUGGCAAAACAUGUACAAUAAUGUUACAUGGUUAUGCAAAGCAUAGUUUAUGUAUUUUUUUAAAAUGUUUGAAAUGCAAUUAAUCACAUAAGACUAUAUAUUUUGUCAACA